GGCUUCCACUAAAGGUAGGGCUCCCUUUUAUCUGCUGUCACAGGUCUUUGAGGCUCAGACCCUGAAACAAUUUAAAGGCAGGAAAAGGGUUUUCCUAGGGCUUCAUUGGUGUAUGGAAAGAAAUGCUUGCUACACUGGACAGAAUGAGACCCAUACACAUGGUGAGAUUGAGAGGUCAAGGCUGUGACCACAUGGCCCAUCACUAUUUUGUCCAAGCUGUGUAAGUAAGGUUAAGUAUUACUUUGCUCCAAAGAUCCCUAGACAUUUUUUGGAAUAUUUACGUACGUCUUUCUAGGAACAGAAUGUGCAAAGAUGUUUAUGACCCAAAGAGGCUAAAAUCUGCUGUAGGCCAGUAUUUUUUAAAGUAAGGCUUUUCUGCCACAGAAUCACAUGCAGUAUAUCUUUAAAAUGUAGCUAGCUCCCUGGGCCCUGUCCCUAGCCUAUUGAAUCAGAAUCACCAGGGAUGGAAUCUUUGCCUGUUAAAACUGGAAGGAACCAUGGCUCUGAGCAAAAUGUUACUUUCUAACUACUCUUAGUUUUGCAAAGGUAGGGGUUGAUCUCAGAACUGUGUCAUGCUGAGGGAUGACCUAGACAUACACACACAGACUCACAUUUCCUUUGUUCUUCCCAAGGGGGCUUAUGCAUGCUGUUCUCUUCCUGGGUAUCUCAGACCUUGAAUAUAGAGGGGUAUCUCUUGUAUCUACAGAAGCCCUCUUAAAGGACUUGUCCUUUGCAUGCAGGAAGGGAGUGGUUCAUGCAGGGGCCCCUCUCAUGCUGACAACCUUUGUCAGGGCUCUUGAGUGCAGGCCCAGAAAUGUGGGCCAAGUUAGCUGGACCAUAGCCUUGGCUGCACAUUGAGUAGCUCUGCCCCAAGGCUGCUGCUCACCAGGGAUGUGGACAAAGUGGCCACCCAACUUGGAGCACACACAGGGCUCCUCCUCACCAAGUCAGGGCAGAAUAAGGUCAUUAGACUCCUGCCUUGGAGUAGUUGGUGCUAGGUCAAUUUGGAACCCUCAUGAGAGGCUUCCCUGUGCUUAGAGCUUCUCACUGCUGUGGGUAUGUGUUAGGCAGAGGCUGGCUGCCUCUUGAAGGUCCAUUGUAUAGAUAGGACUGGUGGAGGAGGCUGCCUGGAAGUCAGCUACUAUUUUACUCUAGGCACUAGUGAGACUGAGUUUCACUUGCACAAACUCUGGGGCCAGAGAAGCUUGAAGCCCUGGCUCAAUUUUUGCUACACCUGGAGCUUGUGGCCCAUGCUGUGAAGAGUGCAGGCAAUGGGCCAUGUCAGAGCUGUGGAUGGGGGCCUUGCCAUACACUUCACGGGACUGCUGCUUUCCUGUGUGGACUGCCUGGUGGGUAAGCAGGUUGGAGGUCAGAGGAAAGUGUCUCAGGAAGGAGAUACUGUCUCUCAUUUGUGUAAGUGCUUUGGGAAUGAUGGGAGCAAUGGAGGGUGGGGGGUAUCCCGGCCCAGCUCUUCUCAUAACCAGUGCAGUUGUAGGGUCUUUUGACUGUUUGUGCCCCUUACUGUUGCACUAUGUGAGCCAUUCUUCACAAAGGUGUUAGGACAUAUGGACACUGGAAUGGAAGAGAGGCAUGGAGCUGGAAACUGUUCCACUGGAGGGCAGAAAAGUACUCUCACUUUAUUUGUAGGAAGAUAUUGUCUGUGAUUCUAUUUGUAAACUCUACUCUCUUCACUUGAAAUUCUCCAAAUUCUCAUUCUCACCUCUUUUCAGGCGAAUGAAGAUGCCAUCUUUCCUCCUAAUCAAUUUCUUUCCUAUAUUUGUCUUGGGAAGGCAAUAGGAAAACACAAUCCAUGGCUUCUGCAUGACACAGGGAGAAUUUGGCUCAUUCAUUGUCAAGAAUGCUACCAAACUAGUUUCAGCAGCAAGGGUAGAAAAGGGACAAGAAUUGGAUCUUACUGAAUUGUCUUUUUCCUUGAUUCAAAGCUGCACUGAGGGCAGUGUUCUCAGGCCCCUUCCUCUGCAAGCUUCUUUCAAGUCAGACAGGAUUGGAGAGUUCUUAGCUGCCUUAAAGGUCAGCCGGUUCUCUCAGUCCACUUUCCUCCUGAACUCUCCCACCCUCACCUGGAAGGAAUUUCCAUAGGAUCCCUGCCUUCCUGGGAAGAAAAUUCAGAUACCAGCGACUCAGGCUCCUAGGGACUGAGUUAAACUCUAUUAGGGGAAGAUGGCGUGAGACAGGGUAAAAGAAAGCAGCCUCCUCUCUGUGGGAGGAUCCCCUGACUGUCCCUUCAGCACCUGGAACCAAUGAGAAGGAAAAUGCUGGGAAAGGGAGUGUAGGGGAGACCGGUGCUGGAAGGUGUCUGUCUUGAGAUUCCUUGGCUUCUUCAGAAGGAUAAAACAUAAUAAAGGGUAAACGGAGGCGGGAAAAAAUUCUGAAAGCACAGAAUCGCCCAGCAAGGAGACGCCAGAGACCUUCCUCCCACUCUUCCCGCAGGCCCUUCUGGAUGACAAGGGAGGGCCCGCGCACCCUCUCACCAAUCAGAAUGGGGCCUGCCGUUCCCUGGCGACCAUUAGCGCCUAGCCGUUGGCAUAGUAGGAGGCGGCGGGACGGUGAGAGCCCAAGCUUCACCGGCCAAUCGCUGAGCUCCCUAGGAGGUGGGGGCGGUGCCCCUGGAAACCUGAGGUGGGGCUGCUUCCUUGGCAACCAAUGUGGCCCUUCGGAGGGAGGAAGGUUGGCUAUUAAGAAGAGCAAAGAAGGGAGGGGGCCCGGAAUAGUUGGGGUGGGUGCGCCUGUGUGGGUGAGUGGAGUUCGAGUAUGGGGACCCAGAUUCGGAAGCCUCAUGGGCCCAGGGUGGGGGGCCAUCCAUCCAAGUUCCCGAGGCGCCACCGGAGAUGACCCCAUGGCCCUGGAGGGGAGGGGAAACAGACACCGUCCCCGCUGGCUCCGGGAAGCGUCGCUCCUUCUCGCUGACCUUGGUCUCGCUUGUUGCCUCGCCCUUGGCCAUAGGCACUGAAGGAUGUAGGGUUCGGGAGGCAGACAGAUAGGCUCCCGGGCGGACGAAGACCUAGGACAUAGGCACACAAACUGACCUAGCCUCUCCCUCCGGCUCCAGGGCGGCCCAUCAUUCCUCACCUCAACACCGAGGCCCUCCAGCCCAGGGUUAAUGCCAACGAGUUUCCACCUCCAGCCGCUCCUAGAGAGGCCACUGCGGAGCCAGCGGGGGAAACUGGCCGCGGACGGACACUUCCUGUGCGGCGGGGGAGGGGGUCGAAUAGCCGCAGCCCAGCCAGGGUCUUGGGAGCCAGGCGGCGGGGUCUUGGGCGGGAGCGGUAUCCAGGAGCGCAGGGCAAGCCGUGAAGCCUCCCAUCUCCGAGGCUACGAGGCGUGGGGGCCUGCGAGGGCCCCCGGGCAAGCCGAGACUUUGCGGGUGGGGGCGAGGCCGCGGGUAGGGGAGGGGCAAGGCGGGCCGGAGAGGCCCAGGGUCAAGACGUCCGGCCUCGGGGGCCGGGACUGGUAGCCGGGUCCCGUGGGCAGCACUGAGCAGGCCCUUGGCGGGCCCGGGUUUCAGGGCACUCAGGUCGGGUCGCAGGAUCAUCCACCUUCGCCGCCGCCGCCGCACUGGGAGCCGGCGGGGAUGGAACGGGAGGCGUCGCCGUGGGGCUUCGAGUCCCGGGAUGUGCAAAGUCCUGACAAAAUGGGGAGCCCGGAAGGGUCUCUCAAAGGCAACAUGAGUGAGAAUGAGGAAGAGGAAAUUUCUCAGCAAGAAGGCACUGGGGACUAUGAAGUGGAAGAGAUACCUUUUGGGCUUGAACCCCAGAGCCCUGGGUUUGAACCCCAAAGCCCUGGGUUUGAGCCUGAAAGCCCAGGUUUUGAGUCCCGAAGCCCUGGGUUUGUGCCCCCAAGCCCUGAAUUUGCACUCAGAAGCCCUGAAUCAGAUUCUCAGAGCCCUGAGUUGGAACCCCAGAGCCCUAUGUAUGAGCCCCAAAGCCCUGGAUAUGGACCCCAGAGCCCUGGAUAUGAAUCCCAGAGCCUGGGUUAUGAGCCCCAGAACCCUGAGUUCAAAACCCAAAGCCUUGAAUUUGAACCUCAAGGUUCCAAAUUCCAGGAAGGUGCGGAGAUGCUUCUGAAUCCCGAGGAAAAGAAUCCCCUGAGCAUCCCCUUGGGAACCCACCCCUUGGACUCCUUCACUCAGGGCUUUGGGGAGCAGCCCACAGGGGGCCUGCCCCUAGGACCACCUUUUGAGAUUCCCACAGGAACCCUGCUAGCUACACCGCAGUUUGAGAUGCUCCAGAAUCCCCUGGGCCUGACAGGGGCCCUUCGGGGUCCAGGCCGGCGGGGCAGCCGAGCUAGGGGUGGGCAGGGCCCUCGGCCUAAUAUCUGCGGCAUUUGCGGGAAGAGCUUUGGGCGGGGCUCUACCCUGAUCCAGCACCAGCGCAUCCACACCGGUGAGAAGCCCUAUAAGUGUGAGGUCUGCGGCAAGGCCUUCUCCCAGAGCUCUGACCUCAUCAAACACCAGCGCACCCACACGGGUGAGCGGCCCUACAAAUGUCCCCGUUGUGGCAAGGCCUUUGCUGACAGCUCUUACCUGCUUCGCCACCAGCGCACCCACUCUGGUCAGAAGCCCUACAAGUGCCCGCACUGUGGCAAGGCCUUCGGCGACAGCUCCUACCUCCUUCGGCACCAGCGUACACACAGCCACGAGCGGCCCUACAGCUGCCCCGAGUGUGGCAAGUGCUACAGCCAGAACUCAUCCCUGCGUAGUCACCAGAGGGUGCACACCGGGCAAAGGCCCUUCAGCUGUGGCAUCUGUGGCAAGAGCUUCUCCCAGCGGUCGGCACUUAUUCCCCAUGCCCGCAGCCAUGCCCGUGAGAAGCCUUUCAAGUGCCCUGAGUGCGGCAAACGCUUUGGCCAGAGCUCUGUGCUGGCCAUCCAUGCCCGCACGCACCUGCCAGGCCGCACCUACAGCUGCCCCGACUGUGGCAAGACCUUCAAUCGUUCGUCCACGCUGAUUCAGCACCAGCGCUCCCACACAGGGGAGCGGCCCUACAGGUGUGCUGUGUGCGGCAAGGGCUUCUGCCGCUCUUCAACGUUGCUGCAGCACCACCGGGUCCACAGCGGGGAGCGGCCCUACAAGUGCGAUAACUGUGGAAAGGCCUUCUCACAGAGCUCUGACCUCAUCCGCCACCAGCGGACCCAUGCAGCCGGCCGGCGUUGACCUGGGGCUCUGUUGGUUGGGAAGGCGGUGGGCAGAAGAGAAGGGGGCAGAGAGUUAGAGAAA